AUGCCGGAAGAUGAAGAGAUACCGCUCAUUCUUGGUAGGCCAUUUUUGGAAACCGGGAGGUGUUUGAUAGAUAUAGAAGAAGGGACCAUGACUCUAAAGGUUUAUGACGAAGAGCUAAAAAUUGAUGUGCGCAACACCAUGAAAGACAAAGAUGAUGUAGCCACCAGCCAACACAUAGAGGUUAUUGAUCAAAUGGUUCUGCAAGAAAAUCACCUAGGGGAACAAAAAUUACCCUUGGAGAGAGUCCUAAGUCUCUCAAUGUUUGAAGACACUCAAGAAGUGGGUGACGAGGAGAUGGAAGUGGUAACUCUGAUGGCAACACAACAACCCAUUAAGGGAUCCCGAUCACUCAAAUGGGAAAACUUAAGGGAACCUCAAGUUGAAGAAAAGAAAGAUGAGACCAAGAAAGUGGCUGAGCUAAAACAGUUACCUGACAAUCUCAAGUAUGUUUUUCUAGAUCCCGAAAAGAAAUGCCCGGCGAUUAUAAGUUCUCAUUUAGAGGUUUCUCAAGAAGAUAAGCUUGUCAAGGUGUUAAAAAAACACAAAAGUGCCAUGGGAUGGGCAAUAGAAGACCUGAAGGGAAUUAGCCCUACGGUGUGCAUGCAUAAAAUUCUCAUGGAGGAUGGUCACAAACCGGUGGUUCAACCACAGAGAAGACUAAAUCCCGUGAUGAAGGAAGUGGUUAGGAAAGAGAUUGUUAAACUGUUAGAUGCCGGGUUGAUUUAUCCCAUUUUCGAUAGCUCUUGGGUGAGUCCGGUGCAUGUGGUCCCGAAAAAAGGGGGAACUACAGUUAUAAAGAACGAAAAAAACGAGUUACUUCCUACCAGAACGGUCACGGGUUGGCGUGUGUGCAUCGACUACCGGAGAUUGAACUUGGCAACCAGAAAGGAUCAUUUUCCGCUACCUUUCAUUGAUCAGAUGUUGGAAAGGUUGGCAGGUCAUGAGUACUACUGUUUCCUUGAUGGAUACUCUGGAUACAAUCAAAUAGCGGUUGCACCGAAAGAUCAAGAGAAGACAUCUUUUACGUGCCCCUAUGAAAGAUGCCAACAAACCAAUCUGAUACUCAAUUGGGAGAAAUGUCACUUCAUGGUUCGAGAAGGAAUAGUCUUAGGUCACAAGAUCUCUCACAAAGGGAUAGAAGUGGACCAAGCUAAGAUUGAGGACUCAAAACCAAGACUGUUGCGGUGGAUCCUGCUUCUCCAAGAGUUUGAUGUGGAGAUCCGGGACAAAAGAGGGUGUGAAAACACUGUAGCAGAUCACCUUUCUUGGAUGUCCCUAAUAGAAGAGAAUGAGGAAAAGCGCCCAAUAAAGGAUGAGUUUGCUGAUGAACACAUCCUCGCUGUUAUUGGAAUGCCUUGGUUCGCAGACUAUACGAACUAUCUAGUGGGUGGGGUGAUCCCGAAUGAUUUUGACUCUAACCGUAAGAAAAAGUUUGUUCAUGAUUGCAGGUUCUAUCUGUGGGACAAUCCCUUUUUGUACAAAAGGGGAAUAGACGGUUUGGUCCGACGCUGUGUUCCAGAAGAAGAACAGAGGGAUGUGCUGAAAGCCUGUCACGAUUCGGACUAUGGGGGACACUUUAGUGGUGAUAGAACUGCUGCUAAAGUCCUCCAAUCAGGGUUAUACUGGCCGAUACUAUUCAAAGAUGCUCAACAAAUGAUCAAAGAGUGCGAUAAAUGCCAAAGGAUGGGAAACAUAUUGAAGAGAAAUCAGAUGCCACAAAAUCCCAUGCAUGAAGUUGAACUCUUUGAUGUGUGGGGUAUUGACUUUAUGGGUCCGUUUUCACCGUCAUUUGGAAAGAACUACAUUUUGGUGGCGGUGGAUUAUGUAUCCAAGUGGGUGGAAGCAGUCGCGCUACCUACAAAUGAUGCAAAAGUGGUGGUCAAGUUUUUGAAAGAAAACAUAUUCGUCAGGUUUGGAGUGCCACGAGCCCUUAUUAGUGAUGAAGGAACUCACUUCUUAAAUCACCUAAUGGAGAAGCUACUCUUGAAAUACAAUGUGAAACACCGGAUAGCCACUCCAUACCACCCGCAAACCAGUGGUCAAGUUGAAGUGUCAAAUCGACAACUGAAACAAAUCCUAGAAAAGACGGUUAAUGCUUCUCGCAAGGAUUAG